AAAAGAGAGAGGGGGAAGCGGGGGGUGGGGGGAGAAAAAGGAGGAAGCGGUGCCGGGCUGCAGGCGAGCGCGGAGCGGCAGCCCCGGCGCAGAGCAAGGUGCCGCCGCUGCCCAGCUGUCGAGGGCGGAGAGGCGCCGGCGAAAUCCCGGUCACAGCGGCUCCAGCCCGGCAGCGCGGCGGUUCCCUCCCGGCGCUUGGGCUCCCGGGUGUAUGUGUGCGCCUGGCCAUGUCGUAUCCUCAGGGUUACUUGUACCAGCCGUCAGCGUCCUUGGCUCUCUACUCCUGCCCGGCGUACAGCACCAGCGUGAUCUCCGGACCCAGGACCGAUGAACUUGGGAGAUCUUCUUCGGGCUCCGCUUUUUCCCCUUAUGCCGGAUCUACCGCCUUUACCGCCCCUUCCCCGGGUUACAACUCCCACCUCCAGUACGGCACCGACCCGGCCGCUGCUGCCGCCGCCGCCUUCACUUCCUACGUGGGCUCGCCCUACGACCACACGCCGGGCAUGGCCGGCUCCCUGGGGUACCAUCCGUACGCGGCGCCGCUUGGCUCCUACCCUUACGGGGAUCCCGCGUACCGCAAGAACGCGACGCGGGACGCCACGGCCACCCUCAAGGCCUGGCUCAACGAGCACCGGAAAAACCCCUACCCCACCAAGGGCGAGAAGAUCAUGCUGGCCAUCAUCACCAAAAUGACCCUCACCCAGGUCUCCACCUGGUUCGCCAACGCACGGCGGCGGCUCAAAAAGGAGAACAAAAUGACCUGGACCCCUCGGAACCGCAGCGAGGACGAGGAGGAAGAGGAGAAUAUCGACCUGGAGAAGAACGACGAGGACGAGCCCCAGAAAGUAGAGGACAAGGGGGACCCAGGGACGCCAGACACAGGAGCGGCAGAUACCAAAGCAGCGCCGGGCUGCGAGCGCCUCCAGGAGUCCCCCGGCCCUCGGGAGGCCGAGGGCGGCCUCAGCGACUCAGAUUGCAAAGAGCCGGCGGAGGAGCGGCUCGACGGGCCGCCCGCCCACUCCAAGGCGCCCGGUGCUUCACCACUCGGGCCGUGCCCGGUGAGUCGCGGGCCGCCACCGGCGGGCGGCGAGGAACCCCCUCCGUACCUCCCCCCCUCCGCCGCCACCGGGCCGCCGCACGCCGCUGACCUCCACCCGCUGUUGCCCGCCGGCGCCAGCGCCUCCGUCAUCCACUCGCCUCAGCAGGCGGCCCUCGCCAAGCCCAAGCUCUGGUCCCUGGCCGAGAUCGCCACCUCGGCGGACAAGGCGAAGGAGAAUGGGGGUGAGCCGGUUCCCCCCGGCCCCGCUGUGCUGUGCGGCGGCGGCCCCUCGCGCUCUCCGCCGCGGCCGCGCUCGCCGGCAGCCCAGUGCCCAUUCCCCAACGGGGCGGUCCUGCCGCGGCCGCUUUACUACACGGCUCCCUUCUACCCCGGUUACACGAACUACGGCUCCUUCGGGGCCCUGCACGGGCACUCUGCCGGCGGCCCCGCCGCUGCUGCCCCCGGCGCCCAUUUUAAUGGAUUAAACCAGACUGUCCUCAGCAGAGCCGAGAGCCUAGCUAAAGACACUAAAAUGAUCAGGAGCCAGUCCCAGGUAGACCUUUGCAAAGACUCACCUUACGAACUGAAGAAAGGUAUGUCCAACAUUUAAUAUCGGCUUCUCCUCCUUACCCCCUCCUGGGACUGCAGUUUUGUUCUUUUUUUCUUUUUCUUUUUUUUUUUUUUUUUUAAUUUAUUGAGAGAAAUAAUAAAUUGCUUUGGCAGUUAUUUUUCCACUACCAAAAGAAAACAAACAGAAAAAGACCAGCUCCCCCCUUCCCUUCCUCCCAGCACCCCUCCAAAAGUUUAUAGAUUCUAUUGGAAAUGGCUGGGUGGAAGCUGCCCAGAAAUGUCUUAACCAAGUGAAAAGCAAGAGAGUGACAAGCUCUCUCACACACACAAAGAAGAAAGAUUUGUAUUAAAUCUUAUUCUGUAUAUUUAGUGUAGCUUUUUUUUUAUUAUUAUUUAAAUUGAUAAUACAGUAUCUUUGAAGUAAAUUAUGAAAUCAAAACACCUGUACAGGCAUUAAUGUUGUUUUCGUAAUAUAAAUAUAUACAUUUCUGUGUCUUUUUCCGAAUUGUUUCAUAGUUUUAAAAUAUAUAUAUACAAGUUUAA